AUGGACGGUCCACCCCCUCCUCCUCCCCCUCACGGUGAGAAACCGAACACCACCGGCGGCCAAGAAUACCGGAAGGCAUCGGACCUGCCAGAAGGGAACUACGAUAUCUUCAUUAUACCGCCGCACUCGUCCGGAUCGGGAUUCCUCUAUCUGCCUUCGCUGCAAUGUCAGCGGAAUAGUUUCGUCGCUGGCUCGGUCUGCACCUUGUUCGUUGUCCUUGUGUGGUCUUUUAUAUCGCCUAUUUUCAAGACGUGGUAUAUAGCUGCUGCUGCGGGUGGCGGUGGCGCCGGAGGGAUGGGUAUUGGCCUCUUAGGUAUUGGGGUUGGGAUUGCGGGAUGGGGCUUUGGUGUAUAUCAAGCUGGGUUUGGGGGCUCGGGGUUUGGAAGAAAGGGGCCUGGGGGUGGUGCUGCCUCGGGAGGUGCCGGAGCCAAUACUGGCCAGGCCGGUGCUGGAGGAGAAUAUGCGAGAGGGUCAGGUAAUGCUGGUGGACAGCAAGGGAACUAUGGUGGAAAUUAUGGACCUCCGCCAGGGAGCCAGUACUCUGGAAAUCAGUAUGGUGCCGGCCCUCCGCCUCAGACGCCUCCUCCUAACGCUGGCCCAGGACCAAAUAAAUCCGACUCGGCUAAGGCCGAAGAGAAGGCCCGAGCGGAAGAAAAGGCCCGCGAAGAGAAAGCGCGCGAAGAGAGAGCUCGGGAAGAAAGAGCUCGCGAGGAGAGGGCCCGAGAGGAAAGGGCCCGAGAGCAAAAAGUGCGGGAGGAAAGGGCCCGGGAGGAAAGGGCUCGGGAGGAGAGAGCUCGGGAGGAGAAGGCGCGUGCAGAAAGAGAACGGGAAGAAAAGGCACGCGAAGAGGCGAGACGGAAGGAAGAGCUUCGACGGAAAAUGGAAGAGUUCAAGAGAAAGAGAGAGGCUGAGCGGCAAGAAAAACAAAGACAGCAGGAGCGCGAGGCGAUGGAGAAGGAAAUGCGUGAGCGGAGAGAGCAGUUCGAGAAAGAGAUGGCCGCUGCCAGAGAAGCAGCGGCAAAGGAGGCACGAGAGCGCGCCGAGAAGGAAGCGGCUGAAGCUCGGGCAAAGGCCGAACGCGAUGCUGCGGAGGCCCGAGCAAAGGCUGAAAGGGAGGCCGCUGAAGCAAAAGCCAAGGCCGAAAAAGAAGCUGCAGAGAAAGAAGCAGCCGCAAAAGCAGCCGCAAAGAAGGAGGCUGAUGCCAAAUUUGCAGCCCUCAAGGAGGCCGCUGCAAAAAAGUAUGCCGAGAAGAAGGCCAAAGACGCUCAAGAGGCAGCGGCCAAGGAGGCAGCAGCAGCAAAAGACGCCGCGGCGAAGGCCGCCAAGGAGAAAUCUGGGAGCGCAUCGGUCCCUCCCCGAAGUCCAUCACCAAAGAAGCCUGCUCCAUCUGGAGCACGAACUACAAUGUCUGCCGAUCAAGACGAUGCAUAUUCCUUUCGACCGUACGACAGACCCCGACGGCCAUAUGGGGGCACGUCAAGCUCGUCAGCAUACUCCGAAUCAUCCUACGCCCCUUCACAAUCCACAGCUCGAACAUCACCUGCACCGUCAAACAGAGGACGGUAUGAAACUAAAGACCCUGAUAAGAUUGUUAUCAAGGGUGUCUUUCAAUUUAACAAUGCAUUUAUUAAAAGCCCAGCGGCUCAGCUGGUCUCUGGACAGGGAAUGGUGACGGACGGACUAGUUCUGCGCAUCACUACCGAAGGACUGUUCAUUGAUGACGAUAUUCGGGGAGUGGGUCAGCGAGAAUGGGACGUCAAGGCGUGGACUAUGAAGUUGGUCGAGGUGUGGUGCCCACAAUAUGCCUCCCAGAAGCAUAACCCUCCCAAGCAGAGUUCGUUCUUUGGUCGACGGGACGAAGGACCUUCAUCGGCGGAGUCCGAUGCAUACCUGAUCAAUCUACUCAAGGUAUGCAAGAAUACAUGUCGCCUUGCGUCGCCAGGGUCUCAGUCCGAGAUCCAGGGACUCCAUGUGUUGCGAGCCAGCAUUCGUGACCAGGAGGGUCGCAAAUAUCUUUUUGUCUUGGAAGAGACAGAAGGUUGGAAGGUGGGCAUCGGGCUUCAGCGACUGCGCAAGGGGGCGCUAGUACGAUCUCUGGGAGUGACGAACAUGUCGGUCAAUGAAGGCCGCUCGAUACUCGGGAACCUUGGAUACAUCUGA